AUGGCCUCUUCCUCUUCGCCGUCGCGCUCUUCGGUGAUGCCGUCUUCAUCGGUUUCUCCUUUGCCGCCGUCUCCACCUAAUCCUAUGAAGGACGGAGAAUUGAAAAACUGGUUGGAGCUUCCUCCGGAACUGACGUCAUCGAUCCUGCUCCGGCUUGGCGCGACUGAGAUACUGGAUAACACUCAGAGAGUGUGCAAGUCGUGGCUCCGCCUCUGUAAAGACCCCUCGAUGUGGCGCAAAAUCGAUAUGCUUGACCUUGAUGACUAUGAUAGCAAGGAUUGCAAGGCGAGCAUGUGCCGUCGCGCUAUUGAUCUGAGCCAGGGAGGCUUGCUUGAGAUCGACAUUGGGUACUUUGGUUCUGAUGAUCUCCUCGAUUACAUCGCCGAUAGCUCAAGUGAUCUCAGGAGCCUUAAACUUGUAAUGUGCAAUGAAAUAACAGACGAUGGAUUUUCCGAAGUAGUUUCGAACUUUCCAUUGCUUGAGGAACUCGAGCUUUCGUACUGCCCACUGUCAGAAGAGUCUCUGAAAGCUGUAGGCAAGUCUUGUCCAAACCUGAAGACGUUGAAGCUAAACUGUGCUGGGUACAGGGUUCCUCGGAACGAGAGUGACGAUGAGGCUCUGGCAAUCUCUGCAACAAUGCCAAGACUUCGCCAUCUCCAGAUCUUCGGGAACAGAUUAACAGACGUCGGUUUAAACGCCAUUCUGGAGAAGUGUCCUUGCCUGGAGCAUCUUGAUUUGCGUCAGUGUUUCAACGUGAACCUUGUUGGGGAUCUGGAGAAGCUGUGUCUUGAGAAGAUCAAAGUCGUGAGACGACCUAACGACUCGACCCGUGAUUACCCGUAUGAUGCGACGGUUAACGAUUUGGAUUCGUCUGAUGAUGAGUACCCUUACGGAUUCUCUGAUGCCGAGCUAAUGUCGGAUGAUGAGUAUCUCUAUGAACUCUCUGGUGCCAGUGAUAAUUCUGACGACGACAUGGUUGAUGUUUACGAUGACAUUUAUCUCUAG